AUGCCUCGCUAUGUAGCGUUGAGCUACGUGUGGGGAACGUGUCCGGUGUUGAGGCUGUUGAAAAGCAACGUUGAGUCGUUGGGAAAAGACGGGGCAUUGUGGAAAGAGAAGCUCCCAAAAACCAUCACUGACGCAUUGGAUCUUGUCAACAGACUUGAAGAACACUAUCUAUGGGUGGAUGCUCUUUGCAUCACCCAGGACGACCCUGAAGAAAUGCAAAGCAGCAUCCCUUGCAUGAAUACUAUCUACCAAACUGCGAGCCUUACUGUCAUUGCAGCCGCUGGCAACAGUGCGGAUGCCGGACUGCCGGGACUACGGCCAGGUACAAGAUGGCACGCCCCAAAAAAUUUCGAAGUCGGCCCGCUGCGGUAUAUCACAUCUUCCACUUCCACGCGGGAUCAGUUUGAAUUUCUCCAAGGAAGCUACUGGUCCACGCGAGGAUGGACGUUUCAAGAAGGACACCUGUCUAGAAGAAGGCUCGUGUUCACCAAUGAGCAGGUAUUCUGGAGCUGCUCCAAGUUCAGCAGGUGCGAGGAAGUUCGUCUCGAGGACACCAACCGCUUCUACCCAUUUAGCACUAGCGAAGCGUCAGAAAUGGUUCCAGGGAACCUAGAUGUCGACGAUCGUCCCGCAGUAUGGCAAGACAAGUGCCUGAAGUAUUACAUCGACGGAUACUCAUACAAAUCACUGUCCCACGACGAUACUGACAGACUCAACGCUUUCAAGGGCAUGAUUUCAUAUGUAGCUGGAGCGACAAAGGAUCGGUUCUUUGGAGGUCUUCCAUGCUCGUACUUUGGGGAAAAAUUGAUCUGGGAAGUAUUCCCGGAACAAUUUUUUGAAAAAGACUGGGAUCAUACCGUAACCAAGUCGCUACCUACGCUUCAACGUCGUCACAAGUAUCCAAGCUGGUCCUGGCUUGAUUGGAAGGGACAUGUGUACUUCUUCUACGAAAAAGAAUCGUAUGAGCCAAGGCAAAUCGGUUUUUACCGACUAGAGAAUAGCGAGUUAAUCCACAUCAAUAGUGAAGGAAGCCGGAAUAGGAGAAGAAACUACGAGUACACCAACAACGGCAGUGGCUACCGUGCUAAAAUACCAUUGGAUGAGGCGCCACAAGAGGUUCGACCGACCGUGGAAUCCGCCUCCCAUUUCGCAGACUAUGAUGGUUUCAAAAGCCUCCAGAGAGAUCCGCGCAUUUUCUUCUAUACUCAGUCGGCUAUACUGAAUUUCAAGCCGCGCGAUUGCACAUCUAAGAAGAUCAUGACCUGGGAGGACCUCCGCGAUGCGAGGACUACAACCACAGUUGAGGGUGUCGGGAUUGUGUUUUCAAGCAGUAGCUUCCAGCACUGGGGUUAUGACGGCCCACGCGAGUUUAUUGUGAUUAACCAAACACAUCUGUUGCAAGAGACGGAUCCUGAUAAUGGCCUUAUCUCAAACGACCGCUUGACCCUUAUGGAAAUUAGCUGGAAGGAUAGCACUGCUUACAGAGAGACUUUGGCCACAGUGAAUGAAGCCGAUUGGAGGAAGAAAGUUCCAAAUGUUCAGAGAAAAAGGAUUUCGUUGGGCUAA